GCUGUUUGAGUUCCUCACCUGUGCGCAAUACUGUGCAAUCAGACGGAACGCGCUAGACACAGUUCAUUAAUCACCUUCCGCUGAGACCGCGCGUUUGUGUAGAAGACAAAGAUUACAAAGAUUUCAAAUAAUGGGAUGCUUUGAAAUAGGGGCUUUAUGGGUUAUGGUCACCAUAAUAAGCAUUCAUGCAGAUACCUCUGCGGAUGGAAUCCAAGCUGAAUGUCUUGGAAAUAGAGUGCAGUUUAUCCUCCCUGGUUCUUUGAGUGCAGGAAGCCCUUUAGAGGUUUAUGCAGUCAAUAACACGCAGACAGUCCUUCUCACACCUCACCUGGCGGCUCAGUGUGGCUAUACACAGAAAUCUGAUCCUUGGGGGAAUACGAUAGUGUCAGCUUCCCUACAGAGUUGUUUUGCAGAGAACCAGGCUGACAAGCAAUUUAGAGUAGCCAUGCAGUUUAAACUGUAUGAGUUCCCCACGCUAUCUGAGAAAGUCCAUGAAGUGUUUAAGUCCUGCAGUCAUACCAUGACUUCACGUGAGAUUUUGUGUGAGACAAACUUCAUGGAGGUAUCUGUAAGGAAUGCGAUACCAGAAAUCAAGACCGCACCAGUAAACCAGUGGCCCACAGUUAUACCUAACUUGCAACUUUGGAAAGUUCUACUAUACAGCCCUGGAGAGAAGGCUUUUGAUAAAGAGACCCUACAGGCGAUGGGCUACAAUGUUUACAGUUCUCCAACACGACUGGUCAUGCGAAGCCCAUACAACAUGGCUGAAAACUUUGUCCAAAAUGUUGAUGGUGUUGAUAUGAUGGUGUUUAAAUCAGUGGUCUUGUUCCGAGACCGCUGGAUGAUGACUAUAGUGGAGUCGGCAGCUGCCUGUCCAAUCAGUGGAGCUUCUGUUGUGGGUCAGAUGAUUUCUUGGCACGUUCCUCGGCACAUAAGUCCUUUGGUCUCCUCAGAAGUUGAAAUCCUGGAGGUGCACAUGGGUGUUAAUGGUAGAACACUCACACCUGAAGAAAUGGGCAGCCGUCACUACGCCAUGACCUUCACAGAGUCCCAUAUAGUUGUUAAGAUUCCCAUUGGGGCUCCUGAUGGAUACUACAAGAGUUAUGUUCUUAAGGACCAGUACCAUGUGAGUUACACUAUAGAACCCAUGCUUGAGCUGUUGUGGAAGGAGGGCCUGGAUAAGACCACAUAUAAGGUUUUGUUCCCCAUCACCACCCCUUUGACACCAUGGCCGCUCCAAGUUACAGACUACACUCAACCCAAGCAGAAGGUGUUUGAUAUAUUGCUGGGUUACUUUCUACCCGAUGUGGAGCUGUUGAAUAUCACCUUCGGCUCUGAAUUGCUCACUGUCUCGGAAGUCCUCAUUAAAGGCAUUGGUCUGCAAGAGCACAGCUUCCCCAAUGACACCAAAGCCUUUGCUCUCCAGGUUCCCUUCUCUGAACCUCAUGUCCAAAUAAAGAGUUUUCGCCCUGAUGUAAGAACGUACUCACUUCCUCUUGUUUUUGGUUUCAUCAUCUUGCCUGAACAUACGCUGUUUUCAUACUCCACGGUGCUAGAAGCUUCUACAACUAACAUUGUCCUUCCAAAUGCAGGGGGAAGCUGUGAACAGGAGCACUUCAAAAUGUAUGUCAAAUAUGGGAGCACCCCAAGUUCCCAAUUAAAGAUCAAACUGGGACAUAUGGAGCUGAAUGAUAAGAUUUUGCAGCAGUAUGAACAUCAUUCGAAUGAAACCCAUUUCUUCAUCAUUGUGCCAUUCCUAGCCCCAGUUGUGGCUUUUGAGUCUGUUCAGUUGACUGGAAUCACGGCAAGAAUUGAUGUGGAAAUCUUCGACUCCUUGAAUAACUGGAGUUACAAAGAGAUCUCCCUUGCCUGCCCAUUUUUCUUAAAAUUGUCAGAGUGUUUCUCUAAUGGAACGAUAAAUGUGGUGCUUCCCAAACUGGAAUCGGUACCAAAUCUUCAUCCCGAUCAACUCUCUCUAAGAGACCCGGCCUGCAAACCCUACUACAAUGAAGACUACUUUGCUUAUUUUCACUUUGAUGUCACCACUUGUGGAACCACACGAAAGUUUGUUGGGGAUACCAUGGUAUAUGAGAAUGAAGUCACCUGGAAGAGAGAUGGACCUUUGCCAGAGACCUUACCCCCUGAGAAGGAAUACAGGUUUGUGGUGUCCUGUGUUUACGUCGCAAAUGCUACCCAAAGCAUGAUCUUCCAUGCUGUUUCGCACUUUAAAGAGCCACACGCAGAUGUUGGAAAGGGUGAACUCACUGUUAGCCUGAAGCUUUCUAAGGAUAUGGUUUACAGACUCUUCUAUCAUGAUGGUGACUACCCUGUUUUAAAGUUUCUGAAGCAGCCUCUUUAUUUUGAGGUGGGUAUGGAUCACUCCAGGGACUCUAGGGUAGCAGUAGGCCUCGAAAACUGUUGGGCAACACUCGCCAAAGACAAAGAAUCCAAACCUAGAUGGGAUUUAAUAGUUGAUGGAUGUGCCAAUCCUAAAGACCCCGAACAGACCAUCUUCCAUCCUGUAAUCCCAGAUGACAGAGUGGACAUCCCAGAUCACUUUAAGAGAUUUGAGGUUAAAACAUUUUCUUUCAAAGAGGAUUAUGGGAGUUCUAAAAGUGAGGAUGCCACCUUGGCCAGAAGGGUAUUUGUUCAUUGUGACGUCAUUAUUUGUCAUGUCGACAACACUGCUGAUGGACGUUGUUACAAACAGUGUGGAGCGACUCGGAAUACAGUCAAGAGCAGCUCAAAUCGAGUUCGCAGACGAUCAAGCCCUUCAGAGGAAGCCCUGCAGCAUGUGUCUAUAGGACCCAUUCUGUUCAUAUGAACCUGUAUGUUUUUAUUCCAAAUUAUCACAGGAAAUGUACUUUACUAACUCUGAAGCGAUCAACACGAAGAGAUUUCUGGUUUUGUACACCGUUUGGUGCAGCGUGGAAUGCAAAUGUCAUAUAGCUGUCAUAUAGCUGUCAUAUAGCUGAUGCAGAUGAUGUUGUGAACCUGUGGACAUGUUCUGUGAUGAAUAACAUCUGCUUUCCAAAAUCAUACACAAAUAAAUGUCUGUUACAGACACUCUCCCUUUGCAGUAACUUUAUGUAGAUGCUUUGUUUGUCCACAAGAUGGCGUUAAUAAAGCAUUUUAACCCAAUAAACUGAGGAAUUUUAUCCUCGAAUUGGUUAGGACUUUUCUUAAAGCUGACCAGGGAAGGUACUGCAAUAGCGAGCAUAUUUUAUGUGGUAUAAGUAUGCAAAAUCAUGGUUUUGAAAUAUGUAAUUGUGAAAAUGUGGUUGAAGACAAUUUAAAGCAUGUUUUGCUGGACC